UUUGUAUAAUAAUUUGUGAGCACAUUUUAAAUUACAUAUGUGUGUUUGUUUGUUUGUUAUUACUUAAAAUGUUAUUUUUCAAUCAUCGUACGCUAUCUAGACGACAUCAUAUAUUAACUCUCACUAGUGCUAGUAUUUUAAGUUAUCUCUACUGUAAUUUAUUCUUCCGAAACUCAUACACACAUGCUUUAUCAAAAUUCAAAUAUUAUAAAAUCGCAUCGGUAUUUGAUUCAAACUCCAAAUGCCUCAAUUCCUGUCGAAAUCAUUUUAAUGAUAGAUAUUAUUUAUUUGUUAGGAGGAUGUAUUCAAGUUCUCCCAGUAAUAAUGUAGAAGACGUGCUAUUUAACGUGUUUUCCCCAGAUUCUCUUGGAGAAACAACGUUCAGGCACUCCAUUUUAACUAUGAAAUAUCCCGAUCAAGCUGAAGAACCCGAAUGGGUUCAAGAAUCUAAAAAUUUUACGCACUCUGCUUUCGAAAAAAUUGGUUCAGUGUAUUUACCAGACAUAGCUGUUGUUGCAACAAAUUACAAACAUAGAUCUACUGGACUGUCAGUUUUUUCACUCAAAUCACACAUUGAUUCCGGCAAGGAAAUGUGUUUUGAUUUGAUUGUACCGUCACCACCGCUAAAUAGUAAAGGCUCUCCACAUGUUCUAGAACACUCAGUUUUGUCUGGAACGCCGAAAUACCCAAUGAAGGACCCAUUCUCACUGCUGGUCCAGGGAGGGUUCAACAGCUUCCUUAACGCCAUGACAUAUAAGGAUAGAACAUCAUACCUUUUCGCAUCAACUAACGAGAAAAGCUUCUAUCAGACAGGAGACGUGUAUAUGGACUCGUUUUUUAGACCUAACAUAACGAAAGACAAAUCCAUAUUCGACCAAGAAUGCUGGCAUUACAAGGUCACAGACGGAACCUCAGAUAAAAGUGAUGCAGAUAUUAACCUCCACGGAAGAAUGAUAGGUUACUCAGGAGUUGUGUAUAGUGAGAUGAAGAACAGGUUUUCAGACUCUUCCUGUCUGUUCUACAACUUGAUUUACCAAAAUCUGUUCAGUAACAGUUACAAGUACGUGAGUGGAGGUGACCCAAGUGAUAUAGUGGACCUAACUCACCAGGAGCUAGUUAAUUUCUAUAAGCUGUAUUAUGGUCCAAAGACUGCAACAUUGUAUUUCUAUGGACCAUAUGAUGUAAAAAAUAGACUGGACUUUGUAGAUAACUAUCUGACUACAUAUAAUAUUGGAGUGCAAAAGGACCCAAAUAAUGAAAACCUAGUCCAUAACGCAAACCUGUUCUCAUCAGAUUCAAAUUUACCAUACGAACAAUACAAAGAUAAGCCUAAACACGUGAGUUCAGAGUAUAGCUCCGUAGAUCCAACAGAAGACGAGUUGAUGAUCUCAUGGUUGCUAGACCCACUGUACAACGGGUCAAUGGAUAAAUAUAAAAUCGAUCCUGUAGAUAAUGUAGGAUUUCAGGUUCUUCAGUAUCUAUUAUUAGGAACACCUGAAAGUGUACUGUAUAAAGGAUUGAUAGAUUCAGGACUAGGUAAAAAGGUGCUGGUUCAUGGAUUCUUAAGUGGAUAUAAGCAGUCACUGUUUUCAUUUGGACUUAAAGGAGUAGAUAACACAAAAUUCAACUCCAAAGAUGAAAUUGUUAAAAAGUUCGAAGAGGUGGUAUUUGGAAUACUUAGAAAAAUAAAGGAGGAAGGGUUCAAAAGAGAUGCAAUAGACUCUGGAUUAAACCUGGUGGAAUUCGAGAUGAGGGAACUCAACAGUGGUAGUUAUCCAAAGGGGUUGAUGCUAAUCGAUCAGAUACAAUCACAGCUUCAAUAUGGCAGAGACCCAUUUGCAUUACUGAGGUUCGAUUCCCUAAUGAAGGAGCUGCGGAGAAGAAUAUUCUCAGAUAAUCCAUCAAAUUACUUCAUUAACCUCAUGGCAAAGCAUAUUCUCAACAACGCAACCAGAGUUACAGUACACUUACAUGCAGUAGAAGCUUCAAAAUAUGAAAAGGAGUUCAAUAAAAAAAUUGCAAAACAGUUAAGUGAAAGACUAUCACACCUAUCAAAGGAACAAGUUGAUGAAAUGGAAGAAUACUAUAAGAAGUUUAAAAAUGAAAGGGAAAGUAUGGAUAUUAACGAUGGUUCAGAGUCCCUAAAAACACUUGAGCUUUCAGAUAUAUCCCGUGAACAGGAAACCAUUCCAACUAAAUUCUAUAAAUUAUCAUCAGAUAGGUUGGAAGAAUCGAACGCUCUAUACAACGAUGGGAAGACUGUGACUGUACUAACGCAUACUAUUGAUUCUCAUGGAAUAUUGUACAUGGAUUAUGCCCUGUCAAUGGACUCACUUACGGUAGAUGACCUGAGAUACCUUAACUUGUUCUCAGCAAUGCUUAAAGAGUCUGGAACUGACAAGCUAACACCAGAGGAGUUGACGUAUAAGAUUGGCAAGAACCUGGGAGGACUCUCAAUAUCAACCUACUUUACAACUGAGACUAAUAACAAGACAUAUGAUGAUCCUGAGGAUGGUUUGGGUUACCUUAUUGUUAGAGCCAAAUGCCUGAAACACAAAGUUAAUGAAAUGGUCGAUGUUGUGAAUGAUGUCCUCAUGAAUGCGGACUUUUCAAACUCAAAGAAAGGAGUAGAGAUAUUGAAACGUGCAUUGAAUAUGUACCAAACCAACGUUUCAAAAAAAGGAAAUGAGUUUGCACUUCGUAGAAUGGCUUCCAAGUUCUCAGUUUCUGAUUACGCUGACGAGGUAGUUAACGGUUACUCACAACUCAACUUUUUGAAGGAAACUCUGGUUCCACUGGCUGAGAAGGAUUGGUCAAAGGUUGAGUCUAAACUCAAUGAGAUGAGAAGCAAGUUAUUGAGCAUGAAGAACCUGACUGUUAACCUUGGAGGAGACUCUGAACUACUGGACUCAUUCCUUGAUGACUCAACCACAUUCCACAGCAAGCUGUCAUCAACCUUCAAAAAUGACUCCAAGUCAAGUGACAAGGUCUGGGUUAAGGAAGUUCUCGACAAGAAAUUAAUGGAAACGGUAGAUAAGAAUGAACUUAUUGUAGUUCCUUCGAGAGUUAAUUUCGUAGGAAUGGGAGGAAAACUCUUUGACAAGAGCGAUGAAGUUCUGGGAUCAAACUCAUUGGCAGUACACUAUCUGAGUAGGAAACAUCUAUUCACGUUUGUGAGAAUGAGUUUGGGAGCCUAUUCAGUGUAUUCACACCUUCUAAACACCGGACAUAUAAUAUUCAUGUCAUACGCUGAUCCGAACUUUGAAAAAACGCUAGAAGUUUACAGAAAUCUGGCAUCAGUGAUGAAGGAAGCAUAUGAAAAAAUAGAAGAUAGCGAGUUGCUGAGGCAGAAGAUAGGAAAAAUAAGUAACUUGGAUAAACCUCUUCAUGUAGAAAAUAAAACAGAGGUAGCCUUAAGAAGAGUGUUAAGGAAUGAAAAGGAUGAGUUCAGGCAGAAGUUUAGAGAAGAUGUUAUUGAUAGUACAAAGGAAUGUUUCAACAGGUUAUAUAAACAAAUGAUCAAUCAAAAGGAAUGGAACAAUGUAUCAGCAGUAGUUAACAGUAACACGUCAGAUGAAGCCUCCGGCGACUAUAAAAGACUACAUAUAAAUUAAUUGCUUUAAUUUGAUGCACAUCCAGGACCCCAUCCGUAAUUCACAUAAACUUCA